UUGUCACCGUGAAGCUAGCCAAACCCUACCGUCGGCGCCGAUUACUUCUCCGUGGCCCUGCCCAUUCGCCAUAGACCAGUUGGUUUCAAAGUUCAGAGCUCACGCGUUGCGUGGUGACGGUUUGGGGUCUCAUUCUCCUGCCUUCUGCUUCUCAAGGCUUUGGUUCACGGUUGUUCGAUGACAACUCGAAUAGCACCUGGUGUGGGAGCAAAUUUGUUGGGUCAACACUCGGCGGAGAGGAAUCAAGAUGCUACUGCUUAUGUCGGAAAUCUGGACCCUCAGAUAACUGAGGAGUUAUUGUGGGAGCUGUUUGUUCAGGCAGGUCCAGUGGUAAAUGUCUAUGUUCCAAAAGACAGAGUGACCAACCAACAUCAAGGUUAUGGAUUUGUUGAAUUCCGGAGUGAAGAAGAUGCUGACUAUGCCAUCAAGGUGCUUAACAUGAUUAAACUCUAUGGAAAACCAAUACGUGUAAAUAAGGCAUCCCAAGAUAAAAAGAGCUUGGAUGUUGGGGCAAACCUUUUCAUUGGAAACCUUGAUCCUGAUGUAGAUGAGAAGCUCUUGUAUGAUACUUUCAGUGCAUUUGGAGUUAUUGUUACUAAUCCAAAGAUCAUGAGAGAUCCUGAGACAGGAAAUUCCCGUGGUUUUGGCUUCAUUAGCUAUGAUUCAUUUGAGGCAUCUGAUUCAGCUAUUGAGGCAAUGAAUGGACAAUAUCUUUGCAAUCGUCAAAUUACAGUAUCAUAUGCAUAUAAGAAAGACACUAAAGGUGAAAGGCACGGUACUCCAGCAGAAAGAGUUUUGGCUGCUAGCAAUCCAAGUGCACAGAAGAGCAGGCCUCAUACUUUAUUUGCCAGUGGGCCUCCAACACUUCCCAAUGUUGCUCAGGCUAAUGGUACCAUUGCUGCUCCAGUGCCUCCCCGCCCCUUCGCUAAUGGGGUUGCUCCAGCUCCUAUUCCUGCUCUCCGUCCACCACCCCCUCAGGCAGCUGCAUUCCAGCCGAUGCCGGUAGCUGGACAACCAGCAUGGCAUCAACAACAGCCAGGUCAAGCAAUGCUACAACCUGUAAUGCCUCCACCUCAAAUGCAGCAGUUUAGGCCACCUCACUCUGGUAUGCAGAUGCCACCACCUCCACAAGCUGUUCCGGCUCCUCCAAGGCCUCUUCCACCACCAACGGUAAUGGCAAGCCAACCACCACCUAUUUGGCGACCGCCACCACCACCCCCACCUCAACAACAAGGUGGGCGGCCUAUGGCAUAUCAUCAGUCCUCAAUGCCACCACCACCUCCCAAUAACCAUGGCAUGCCACCACCUUCAAGUUGAAUGAAUGCAAUCCUUAUGGAAUGGUUCCUGAUUCCCAUUAUCUGGAAUUUUCCCCCUGUUUAUUGUUAGUUGUAGUGUUAUAUUUUUGAACUACACUGGUGUAGAUUGUAAAAUGAACGUCCUUGACAGUCAACAAUAAGAGAAUCAUUACUGCUUAGGACUGAAAGUGUUCCUGCCAAGAUAGGUGAACAUAAUCCUGCUGAUAUGUAUCGGACGAAAAC